CUUCACCUGGAGACCACCUCUACAAUGGAGCUUGCGCUUUUCUCCGUCCUUGCAGCCAGCUUGUUCUCGCCUCGCGUCCCGGUUUCUCGGCCUUGGAAGGGAGAUUCUUCUUCUUCCUCGUCUCUGCCCCCCAAGAUCUUGGCAUCGCAAAGGUUGAACGACGAAGACCGGAAGUGUGCGCAGCAGCGGAGGGUCCCCACGAACCGACACCGGAAGUAGCUUUGCUGCCGCAUUCGGUCGGCUGCGCUAUGGCGGCGAUCCCCCCAGACUCCUGGCAGCCGCCCAACGUAUACUUGGAGACCAGCAUGGGGAUCAUUGUGCUGGAGUUAUACUGGAAGCAUGCUCCCAAGACCUGUAAAAAUUUUGCUGAGUUGGCACGUCGAGGUUACUACAAUGGCACCAAAUUCCACAGGAUCAUCAAAGACUUCAUGAUCCAGGGAGGUGACCCAACAGGGACAGGUCGGGGUGGUGCAUCUAUCUAUGGCAAGCAGUUUGAGGAUGAACUUCAUCCAGAUCUGAAAUUCACGGGGGCUGGAAUUCUCGCCAUGGCCAAUGCGGGGCCAGACACCAACGGCAGCCAGUUUUUCGUGACCCUAGCCCCCACCCAGUGGCUCGAUGGCAAGCAUACCAUUUUUGGCCGAGUGUGCCAGGGUAUAGGAAUGGUGAAUCGAGUAGGAAUGGUGGAAACAAACCCCCAGGACCGCCCUGUGGACGAUGUGAAGAUCAUUAAGGCGUACCCUUCUGGGUAGGCUUGCUGCUGCCCUGCGCUCACCCAGAUCUUCGGAGAUGGCCCCAGUGAACCAGCUUCCAGAUGACCUAGAAGGACACGUACUUAAACUCCAUUUUGGCCUUGCAAGUCACAGAGCUCAGGAGACCUGGGGGCUUGGGUGAGUUAGAGAUGGAAGUAUAUUUUAAGAGGAUGCUUCUUUUCUCUUCCCCCGGUGCCUAGGUUGACAGAGCAUUUGCAGAAAUGCUCGUAAAUGAUCAUUUACGGGGAACCGCUCAUUGCAAGUGAGCAUACUGCCCCUCCUGGCGUGUGUCUGU